AUGAACCACAUAACCUCCCCCAACGAACCCUUCCCGACCCCGGCGUCCCUCGCCGCCGCGACGACCUCGCACACCCAGUCCAACUUCCGCGUCUCGACCCGCAAGCUGCCCAUCUCCAAGGCCGGCCCCAUCGACGAGAUGACGGCCUCCCUCGGCAUCCCCGUCCCCGAGAUGAUCUUCGGCGACAACCUCGUCGCCAUCGAGCACGUCCCCACCGGCUGGUCCAUCUCCUUCAACGCCUACGACGCCCUCGACGGCGUCGACAAGACGGACAAGAAGAUGCUCAAGGUCGCCUACGCCAAGGACUGGUCCUCGUCGCGCGAGAAGACGAGCGCCGGCAUCAAGGAGGUCGUCAAGCCCUACGACUGGUCCUACUCGACCGAGUACCGCGGCACGCUGAAGCAGGACGAGGCUGGAAAGAAGCUGGAGGACACGCAGACGCGGGAGAUCCCGCUCGAGCUGCUGAAGCGGCGCGACCCGAUCCUCUUCUUCGACGAGGUGGUGCUCUUCGAGAGCGAGCUCGAUGAUAACGGCAUCUCCAUCGUGAGCGUCAAGGUGCGCGUGCACGAAAAGAGGAUGCUCCUGCUGUGCCGGCUCUUCAUGCGGCUCGACAACGUGAUCGUGCGCAUCCGCGACACCAGGGUCUACGUGGACUUCGAGACGGACGAGGUUAUCCGGGAGUACACAGCCAAGGAGGACAGCUUUGACAGUGUCAAGAGGUCACUGUUCAUGGAGGGCCGGUUGCCGGACGACAUUACCAUUGCGCUUCGCGAUCCGAACUUGCUUAUGAACCUCCUUCCCACCGUCGAGCGACAGGUUCAGACUGUCUCAUUCAAGCAAUAA